AUGAACAUAUCAUCAAGGACACGGAAAAUUAUCAAACUGACCGUCUUAUGCGCCUUUAUGUUAUGGCUUUUAGGCGUUCUUUCCAGUUUUGUCGCCAUGUUUUUUCUACAAAAUGGUGCAACUAGUACUACCUUGAUCGGUUUCACCGGCGAUAAUAACUCGACUAUUAUUACAUUGAACUAUGAAACAAACUUCGCAACUAAUGGAUCAUCGCAGAUUACUGAUCUCUCAGGACUUGCUGAUCAAAUUUCGAAAAAGUACAGUGUGUCCCGGAAUAUGGUACGAGUACUUUCAGCUCGAUUCGUUCAAUCUCUCAUUUUGAGCCGAAAAAGACGACAAAGCGCAUCGACCACAAAUAACACCAACCUAAAAUGGAAAACAGUGUUGACAAUUGACACUGAAUUUAUCUAUCCAAGUUCAUGCAAUCAAGUAAAAGCGUGUACCAACCAUUAUAUAACUAGCAUUGAAAACACAAUCCAAAGGGCUGAUUCAGCAGUUACCUUCGCGAUAUCACUUAGUAGCGGUAUCAGCCUCAAUCUUCUCGUCACUUUUUCUUCAUUCAACGUCACCGAGCCCACUACUACUACAACCACCACCACUACUACUACAACCACCUCCACUACAACUACGGAAACCCUCAGUACUACUACUACCAGUACCACUACGGAAACCACUACUACCACUACGGAAACCACUAGUGCCACUACAGCAACCACCACUACGACUACAGCAACCACCACUACCACUACGGAAACCACCACUACCACCACAGAUACCACUACUACCACUAUGGAAACCACCACUACCACCACAGACACCACUACUACUACUACAGCAACCACCACUACUACUACAGCAACCACUACUACGACUACAACAACCACUACUACCACUACAGUAACCACUACUACCACUACUACCACUACAGCAACCACCACUACCACUACAGCAACCACUACCACCAGUACGGAAACCACUACUACCACUACUGCAACCACUACUACCACCACAGACACCACUACUACCACCACAGACACCACUACUUCGACUACAGAAACCACCACUACCACCACUACCACUACAGCAACCACCACUACGACUACGGAAACCACCACUACCACCACAGACACCACUACUACUACUACAGCAACCACUACUACCACUACAGCAACCACCACUACGACUACGGAAACCACUAGUACCACUACAGCAACCACCACUACGGCUACAGCAACCACUACUACUACUACAGCAACCACUACUACCACUACAGCAUCCACCACUACGACUACGGAAACCACUACUACCACUACGGCAACCACUACUACUACUACUACAGUAACCACUACUACCACUACGGAAACCACUAGUACCACUACUGCAACCACUACUACCACUACGGAAACCACUAGUACCACUACUGCGACCACUACUACCACUACGGCAACCACUACUACUACUACAGCAACCACUACUACCACUACGGAAACCACUAGUACCACUACUGCAACCACUACUACCACUACGGCAACCACUACUACCACUACGGAAACCACUAGUACCACUACAGCAACAACUACUACUACAUCAACCACCACUACCACUACAGCAACCACUACUACCACUACGGCAACCACUACUACUACUACAGCAUCCACUACUACCACUACGGAAACCACUAGUACCACUACUGCAACCACUACUACUACUACAGCUACCACCACUACGACUACGGAAACCACUACUACCACUACAGCAUCCACUACUACUACAUCAACCACCACUACCACUACAGCAACCACUACUACCGCUACUACUACUACAACGAGUAUUAUUGCGGUUACGGAUGUUAAUAACGAUGCGAAACCUGAUAUAGUAACGGCAAAUUCCGCUGCAGACACAGUUAGUGUUCUUCUCAAUAUGGGUAACGGCAUAUUUUCCUCUCAAACUACCUAUGUAACUGGCAGUGGCCCACAGUCAGUCGCGGUCGCUGAUGUUAAUAAUGAUAGGGCGCCUGAUAUAGUUACGGCAAAUAACAAUGCAAACACAGUUAGUGUGCUUCUCAAUACAGGUACUGGCGCAUUUUCUUCUCAAACUACCUAUGCAGCUGGCAGCUAUCCAGGCUCAGUUGCGAUCGCUGAUGUCAACAAUGAUGGGAAACCUGAUAUAGUUACGACAAAUACUAAUGGAAAUACAGUUAGUGUUUUACUUCAUUGCUAA